AUGAAUGGCGAUGUGUGUGGUAAGUUCCAUAUUGUAAGGAGUUUGUUUCCCGAUAAAUUGAUUGAUGGAAAGUAUUACUUGAAAGAAGGAUAUGCCGAUUUUUUUACAAAUUUAAAAUAUGAUACUGAUCUCGAUAAAAUUAAUGCCGGAUGCUUAUUUUUGUUUAAACAUUUGUUUGGGAAUUCUUAUUUGUUUAAAGAAUAUACAAAAAAUAUCAAGGUGGUUGAAUACAUCAUGAUAUGGUUAAGUUAUAUGUUAAACCUAAAGUCACAUGACGGAAUCAACACAUUAAAUGAUUUUUAUAAAACGUAUAUAGAGGGUAAUACGGAUUAUACUAAACCUAUAAUUGGAGUUGAAGCUUAUAAGAAUUAUAAGGAUAUUAUAGAUAAAAAUAAUUACCUUUUAAGUAUGGAUAUGAGCAUUAUAUCUAAAUUUUAUGAUUCAUUUAUGUUAUUAUGUGACAUGAGUACUGAAAUUUAUGCAAACGUUUUAAAUUGCAAAGAUUAUUUAGGAAAAGCUCAAGAAUUUGUUAAAAAAUAUGAUUAUCUUAAUGAAAAAUAUUUUGAUUUUAAUGAAAAACAUAAUAUUACUAAAGGCAGUUCAUAUAAUCAAAUAUUGUCUACACUAUCAAAUGAUUAUAAUAAUUUAAAAAAUAUAUGUAAAUCUCGUCAAUCUAUCAAUUACCCAUCUCUUCCAACAUAUUCACAAAGAUCAGUAAUAAGGAGCAUACUAAUUCCAUUUAUAUUUGUUGUAACAGCAAUUUGUUUGAGAAUUGCUUAUAAGUAUUCGUUAUUUGGAUUUCGGCAAAAAUUUCAAAAACAAUAUUUAAGAAAAAAAAUUAAAAAAAUAAUAAAGAAAAUGAAUUAUUAA